GUGUUUAUUGAUUUUUUGAAGUAAGUGGCUAGGGUGCAUGCUGAUCAAUACAUCUAUUUAAAAAAGAAUUGUUCCCUCAACUGGGACUUAUAUUCUAAAUGUAAGAACCUAAAGUAGAGAUUCAUAUUCAAUUUCGUAUUAUAGGGAGAUCUUACGAAGUAAUCUAAAUAUAGCAAAGGCAUCAAUAUGCCGGCUGAAUCAUUGUACUCCCUUUAUUGUAAAAAAGAGAACGCACAUGAAGAUCCUAUUUACUGCGUUGUAUGGACAACAAUAAAACCAACUGGUGGAUCAAAUGCACCACCCCAAGAUUAUAUAGUAUCUGGAGGACUUGAUGGACAUCUAAAGGUGUGGAAAUUGAAUGAUAAAAAGUUUGAACUGUUUCAUUCACUGGGUGACCAUGUAUUAGCUAUCAUAUCCAUAGCAAUUAGCCCAGAUGGACAUACAAUUGCAACAACCUCUCUUGACUCCCAUCUAAUAUUAUGGGAUACAAUACCUGGCAAGAAGAUACGUGAUGUAACAAAUGGAGGGCCAGACACAUGGAAGGUGAAAUUUUCCCCCGAUGGAAAUAAUAUAGUGGCCAGUGGACAUACUGGAAAAUUGGCUGUUUACAAUAUUGAGCAAAAUAGAGUUAUUCAAUAUCUUGAUACAAGAGAGAAGUUUGCUGUGUGUGUCGCUUGGAGUAAUGACAGUAAGCAUAUAGCCAGUGGCUCAAUAAAUGGUAAAGCUUCCAUCUUCAACGUAGCUCAAGGCAAGCUAAUGCAUUGUCUGGAUUUACAUACACAUACAGUCACAUGCGUUGAUUUCUCACCAAACUCUAAAUUACUUGUGACUGGAUCUAAAGAUGGUUGUUUGAAGCUAUUUGAUGUGGAAAGCGGCAAUAAUUUAUACAGUAAUUACAUGCAACAUUGGGUUCUUAAUGUUGGUUUUUCCCCGGAUGGAACACGAAUAGUCUCUGGCAACUCUGGUGGUCAGGUUGUGGUAACAACUGUGGAGGGACUGAAGCGUAUAUACAGUUUUCAGGAGCAUUCCAGUAUGGUUUUCGGAGUGCAAUUCAACCCAAAAGGAAACAAAGUUGUUUCGAUAGCGAAGGAUCAAAAUAUAUGUUUGUAUGAAUGUCCUAUACCAAAGUCUGAAGAUUAAGUAAAUUGAUGUAUAUUAUAUUUAUCAAUAAAGUAUAUUUAAAUGUUGA